AAAUUUGUAGACAAUGGCUUUUCCCAAUGGAGAAGAAAGGAAGCGAAAGGAAUAUUUGGAAGAUACUGAUGUGUAUCCAGGGUAUUUGGUGACACCGAACAAGAAGUAUAUUGAGCACAGUCUAAAGUAUUUUUCCAAAAUGUUCAGCAACGAAAGGUAUACUGAGAUGUUGGACAGUCUGUCAAGGCAGAUCUACGAAUACUAUUUCGAUAAUCUGGAGACGUACGAUGAGUUUGCAGCUAAAAUGGCAUUUAUGGAUAGUAUAGCGCGAAUAAUCAGGAAAAGAAAGAGAUGGCGUUUCAAAUUAUUCCCCUCGGGUUCAACUAUGACUCGCCUUGCUUCAAGGAAGAGUGAUCUCGAUGUGACUUUUUGGUGCCCAGAUGCUAGACCAUUUUUUCCUAACGAGUCGGACGCUGCUUAUCACAUCUUGCGAGGAAUCCGGCAUUUUCUGCUGACUGACGACGACUUCAAGAAUGAAAUCGAAGAACUGCAGUAUGUCGAAGCCAAGGUGCCGGUACUGAAAAUUAAAACCAAAGCGGGUAUUGAGGCUGAUCUCAGCUCUUGCACUGAUUCCUUCGUAUCAGGGAUACACAAUAGUUUUCUCAUUCGAGGAUUUGUUUCAUGGGAUGAAAGGUUUGCUCCUUUGUGUAUGCUGGUCAAAGAUUGGGCAAGUCGAAAUGAUGUAAAAAAUCCGAAACUUGGAGGAUUCAAUAGUUACGCAAUGGUUUUACUUGUCGUUCACUUUUUACAGUGUGGGGUCUCCCCACCUAUCUUACCGAAUCUACAAAAAGUCUAUCCAGAUAGGUAUGCACGUAAUGAUGGUGGAACAGUUCGUUUUCCUAAAGCUUUGAAUUUCUCGGAUGAUUCCUUCUCGCGAGAUGGCUUCGAAGUGGAAAAGAAUCGACUGAAUCUUGCCCAACUUUUCAUACUUUUCUUGGACUACUACUGCAGAUUUGAGUUUAGAACACACUAUAUCUGCAUGCGCGAUGCAAAAGUUAAAUGGAGGGAUGGUCGUGAUGGAAGUCCGCCCAUCAGCGAAGUUAUUUCCGUGUUCAUCCACGAUCCCAUGGACUCUCAUAAUCCGGGUAGAACUGUUCGAGACGUCGCUUCUUUGCAAAGUAAAAUGAGAUCUACCCUUGAACUCUUCACUGCAUCUCAGAGAUUUCCCAAAUUAUCAGACAUAUUCACUGCGGUGUGAAGCAUUGCAAUGAUCUCAAACAGCUGGGCAAUGGUCAGAGGAGAAUUAUGUCUCUUAUGCUUAUCAGUUUUAUGUAAUCCCUAC